AUGUAUAUGGUUAAAUUUAAAGUCUAUCGCCUCUAUUGUAUCAGACAACGAGUUGCAUGUGAAACUUUACAACAGUGUCUAUCAUCCAAUUAUCGUUUAAAUCAGUUGGUGAAAAUAUUUGAGAAGAAUACAAAAACUAAAGGCUUACCACUGUCAUCGUAUCUGUUGAAACCUAUGCAGCGUGUAACAAAAUAUAAACUCAUUGUAGAAAAGAUCGUCGCAAAUACAGAUCCAUCGUACCCUAACUAUGGUGAUUUUUCCAAGGCUCACGAUUUGAUAUGUUCACUUUUGAGGUCAAUCGAUCAUGCCAUUGGAUCUAAAGAUAAACAUCAAAUAAUUGACUGGUUUCGUUCACGAUUAGUUGGCGCAGAUAAAUGGCUUUUGGAUUGGUUGUCUUCAGCCGGCUAUGUAGCAAUUGAUCAUAAUAAUGUUAAUAAUGAUAAACCAUGCUUGGUUCAUUGUGGUACACUGUAUAAGGCUAAAAACAAUCGAGAAUUCAUCUGCUUUCUAUUCAACAAAUACUUAAUUCUUACUACACCAAAUUAUAAUACUAAUGGACAGUUAUUUGAAUUACCGUCUACAAAUGAGCGUAAUGCGAAAUGGUCGUUUACACUCUACAAAGAACCACUAGCUCUUAAUCAAAUUUACGUAUUAAAAGGAUCAUUUAGGCGAUCGGUUGCAUCGACAUCCAAUAGCUUUUCAUCAAUACCCCCUUAUUCUGCAUCGUAUAAUAAAUCGUCAAAUGAUGAAAUGACCAGUGAAAUGGUUCGAAGUGCAUCCAUUUCUACACUGACUGAAUCAUCAGAUAACUUUACAAUGAAUGCUAGACAUUCAUCAGAAAUUAAAAGUGAAAUAGAAAGUAUUUUCUCCCUAUUGAAAAGGCGAAACUCUUGGCAUCCUAUAGUGACGCUGAAAGCCCCAUCAAACCAAUUGUGCGAUCUUUGGGUAUCGAUUUUGAGAGAAACUAUUAGGGCGGAAAAUAGUUCGUCUAACGCAUUGGUCCCUGUUUCACGGUCAAUCAAAAACGAAUACCCAAAACGUCUGUUAUUUACAAUUUUAAAAGUUAGCACGAAUAACACCCAAGAUAAAUUCGAAGUUCACUUCAAAAUUAGUAUUACUGAUCAAAUGUGGAAAUUUUGUCAAACUUACACCAAUCAAUCAAAUGAAUCUAAGCCAUCAGAGUCACUAAGUUUCCUUGUUCCUGAAUCAUCUGAUAAAUGCUUGCAUAUAAGUGCAUUCAACGCGUUACCUUUCACCGCAUCAAACGUGAUUGGAUCGUGCACUAUGCCGUUCAAAAGUAUUUUCACCAAUUUUCCACCAUCAUCAUCAUCAUCAUUCUGUGAGUCAGUAGUCAAUAAGCAAAUUGUUCUGGAUCAAUCUACUUUUGGUCUGACAGUUUCCUUUCAUAUAGAACUAAUUACUUGA